AUGUCGCAGCUUGCGCUCCAGGCUCAUAGUGCCCAGGGCUCAACUUCAGAUUCCGAUGCCUCUGGUUCGAUUUCUUCCACGUCUGGCCAACCUGCCGUGACCACAUCCGCCGAUGCUCCCGUUCUCGCCGCUGCACCUGGUUCCUCGGAUUCUCCUGGUUCUCCCGGUGCUCAUCAUCCUCGCCUCCCUUACCAAAAACACCCUCUUCACCGGCUCCAGGUCUCCGUCGCCUCCUUUCAUGCUCCCCCUUCUUCCAAGGAUGGCCCCACGACAGGCCUCUUGAUCCCAGUAUCCGAUCCUGCAAGCGCAAGCAUCAGCACCGCUGCUGCUGCUGCUGCCAAUACAAGCACCGCUGCCGCUUCCGCUGCCAGUCACAGUUCCAGCCCCAGCAGCACCACCAGCCCUCUUCUUACUCCAUCUCCAAGAUCCCCUCGACGCCCGAUACCCAGUCCACUCCACGAGACCGCCGCCGUUACUUCCCCGACGAGUCCCUUUUCGCCUCGCUCGUCAUCCUUCUUCCCGCCAAUCGGCAACUUCUACGCCCAUCGCGCGCGUACUGUCCCAGACGUCGUCACGACGCCCACCGACAAUCUCCGCUCGCCGGUAGACCUCUCGGGAGAGCCGCAGACAUACUACCAGAGCGAUUCGUCCACGUCGUCAACAUCCGGACGCAGCGCACGUCGACCGAGAAUAUCACCGUUGCCCACGAAUGAUAACCGAAGCGCUUCCGAGCCCGUUCUGACCUCGAGGCCUCUCGCAGGCCCGCUCCGAUAUCCAAUGUCUUCCUCGGGGGGCUCGGCCGCUGCCGCGCGGGCCAGACCGACCAAAGGCGCCCCGCGCAACUCGUCCAUGGACUCUGCCAUAUCAGCCAUCUCGACAAAGUCGCAGUCCCAGAGGGGUACCGUAGGGAGCCAGUCUGACCCCACAGACAUUGCCGCCCUGAUCAAGACGGCCGGAAGUCCCGAGGCCGUGAUCCAGUAUCUCUUGAAAGAGAAGCAUUCCCAGUCGCAGCAAAACGCACAGCUGUGGCGUCUUGUCGAUAAGCAGAGAGCCAUGAUUCUAGGCCUCAACAAGGAUUUGGAGCGAGCUUUGAAGGACAAGGAGAAAUACAGGAAGAAGCUGAAGGAGGUCAUUUCAAUACCAGAAACGACGGGCGCCGACAGCACCAAACCCGCCAGCAAAGUCCUCAAAAUGCCCGUAAGCAGAGGAAUCCCCACAGUCGAUGUUAGUGCCCCCAAGGAGAGACAGGUCAUGCCACCGGACUCUCCUACUCUGGACUCUGACAGCCAGAAGCACUCCCCCGUGGAAAUGGCCAUGGCGCCCUACCCGAUCACGCCCCCGGCAGAUCAACCGAAUGGGCCCCCCUCGGCUGUGGGUGCCUUGUUGGACCCAUCACACGAGAUGCCCAAGGCACACGAACACGCCUACGACCGAUUCAACCACGACGCAGAGGAGCAUGCUGCCGAGCUCGCUCGGAGGGAGCUCGAGGCUGAUGAGAUGAUGGACCUCCCCAUCAACAUGGGCCUCCCACCAUCCCGUAGCCUUCCGAGCCAACCCCCAAGCAUGCCUCCGCCAAAGCCACCGGGUGCAUCCGAGUCCGCGCCCGCUGCCGACGAAGGUCUGUCGCAGUUUCCCGCGCCACCUCCGCGCAAACCCCCACCGGCGCCCCUGCAGUUGCUCCAGGGUCAGACUCAUCCCAGUCGCGAGGAGGAAGACAGCGAAUCCGACUUUGACGACCUUUUGGAGGUGAAUGAAAUCCUCACCGAGCGUCGCGGUCGACGCCGGACGCGCGAGGAGGAUGACCACGAUAGGGAGAUCUUGGCCAUGCAGGAGGCCGAGAGGAGGAGCUUAUCAAAGAAGAGCCAAACAAGCACGCCACAUGCGAUCAUGGAUGCCCCUACGCAACUGCCACCGAGCCCCCCAAAGCGAAUGCACCGUGAGAACGUCCCAGCCUCGUUGGCUGCCGUUCUCAGCGUCGGCAACCUCGAAGCUCCGCUCCUCAGCCCUGGUUUACCAUCAAGCCCUCGUCCGCUGGGAGCCCCGUCAUCAGACAGCCCUUUGAUCAGUGUUCCAUCGUUCCCUGCGGCACCUUUGUCCCCUCGGCCGCCACGUCAGCCAAUUCCUCUCCCGCCAGGCCACUCCCUCCAAAUGCCGGCAGAACCCAUGGAGCUCAAGAGCCCUCAGCCGCUGAAUAUCGUCAAGAAGGGGUGGGACUCGGCCAGCGACAAGAGCCGUGGAAGUCCUACCGAGCGUGGUCGCAUCUUCAAAGGAUUCGUUACCGAAGAGCACCCUGAUCUGCUGCUUCCGCCCAACGUCCUUCCUACAAUCAGGGUCCAGGUUGCUUCCUCCCGCAUGAAGCCCUCGCGAGCGAGCUUGAUGUCUCUCACGCAGCUGGAAGAGGACCCGGUCUUCACCCUCGCCGUCUUCUCGCGUUCCGAGCCUGGUGAGCUAUGGCGGGUAGAAAAGGACUCGGCGUCGCUCGCCAAGCUGGACCACAGACUCAAACAAUGCUCGGCGUUUACUGCAAAGACCCCGGAGCGGUCGCUCUUUAGCGGACACGCGCCCGCUAAGCUCGACGCCCGGCGGAUCGCCCUGGACCACUACUUGGAGGAGCUUUUGGAGACGCCGCUGGAUACCGCGAGCGCGCUCGAGCUGUGCAAGUACUUGUCGACCCAUACGCUACCCCCCAAUGCGGACGAUGCCGGCUCGAUGGAGAGCAUGGUCGAAGCCAAGGCCAAGUUGGGACCUGGUGGCCGUCCGUUCAGAACCGGUUAUCUCACCAAGAGAGGGAAGAACUUUGGCGGCUGGAAGGCGCGCUUCUUCGUGCUUGAUGGCCCUCACCUGAAGUAUUACGAAACCCCAGGAGGCGCUCACCUCGGCACAAUCAAACUGCCCAGCGCGCAAAUCGGCAAGCAGUCCCAAAGUAACGAGAACCAGUCGCCGCAACAGUCGGCCAACUCGGACGACAUGGACAACCAAUACCGACACGCGUUUCUGAUCCUAGAGCCGAAGAAGAAGGACUCGAGCAGCCAUGUGAAGCACGUGCUCUGCGCAGAGAACGACAGAGAAAGAGACCAGUGGGUUGAUGCCUUGCUCAGAUGGAUCGACUACAAAGACCCUGAGGAGGACGAGAGCCACUGCGCGAAGCAUCAUGCGCAAGACCGUCACAGUUCGGGCACAAUGGAGCGUGUCGAUAAGAAAAAGCAGCAGCGAUACAAGAAGACGGCCUCGCACCAUCAGCCCUCGGAGUCUGACAGCCUUAUAGGUGUUCGGUAUGACGCCAUGUCUCAAGGUGACCUCCCUCACCACGGAGGACCCGCGCGGCCCAGGACUGCCGGACAUGUACCUGAGAACCUCCAUGCCGCCGAGGCCAUGACCAUGUCCUCCCAACCUUCCAUGACGAUCUCUGCCCCGCGAGACAUGCAGGUUAUCGCCGACUCAAGCCAAUGGGGCAACAGGUCCGGACUUGGUGUUCCAGUCAACGAGGAGAAGAAGAUGAAGAAACGCAGCUUCUUCGGCUUCGGUCCCAAGACCAGAUCCUCGUCCGAUGGCCAGGACUCGCUGUUUGGCGGGAGCGAAGGAGGCUCGUCGACGCCUCCCCAGGGCGGCUACCAAGGACCCAUCCGCCAGGCGUUUGGCGCGCCGUUAGCCGAAGCGGUCCGGUAUAACCACCCUGUCGACGUGAACGUGCCAUUGCCGGCCGUCGUCUACCGUUGCAUUCAGUACCUGGAUGCCAAGAACGCCAUCCUAGAGGAGGGCAUCUUCCGUCUGAGCGGAUCCAACGUGGUCAUCAAGCAGCUCCGCGAGCGAUUCAACACUGAGGGCGACGUGAACCUGGUCACCGACGAGACGUACUACGACAUCCACGCCGUCGCCUCGUUGCUGAAGCUGUAUCUUCGUGAACUUCCGACAACCAUACUUACCCGGGACCUUCACCUGCAGUUCCUCGCGGUGACGGAGAUGUCGAGCCAGACAGAAAAGAUUGCCGCCAUAUCCGAGUUGGUGCAGAGACUGCCGCAAGCCAACGCCACGCUACUGAAAUAUCUGAUCGCCUUCCUCAUCAAGAUCAUCAACAACGCCGACAUGAACAAGAUGACAGUCAGAAACGUGGGCAUCGUGUUCUCGCCGACACUCAACAUACCGGCGCCCGUCUUUGCCAUGCUUCUACAGAACUAUUUCGGCAUCUUCGGUCUGGAGCCAGAGGAGUACGAGCUGCCCUCUUCUUUCGCGGAAGCAGACACGGGCCGCGAGAGGUCUGGCUCCCUCCCGUCCAUGAACAACGGGCUGCCCACACGACCCUCGUACGAGCCGUCCCAGCACACGCGCCCUUCCACUUCAACCGGGUCUAGCCAGUCUCCGCAUCGUCAGAGAUUGUUGGAAGCCAUGACGGGGCAGCAGAGGUCAAGCGGCACACCACCCCCUCUCCUGCAAGACCUGCAAAGCGCUCGGUCGUCGCCCACUCCCCCGCCAAACUAUCCGGUCAGCCGUUCCACGGCAUACGAGCCACAGUAUGUGCCUCAGGGAUACCAUAGCAACGGAUACCUCGGGACGGCUCGUGGCUAUGACAGCGGCGGUUCUUCCGGAUACGACCAACAAAAGAGACGUGAGAGUGCCAUCUUUAUGGGCAAUGUGGUUGGACUGAAUUCCCAAAGCUCCAAGAGCCGACUGCGGGAGGAGACGCAAUUUUGA